CACCAGAUACCAUGUCUUUCAAAAAUGCUUCACAAUCUGCUUUCUCUAUCUUGAUAUUCCCAUAAUGAAGAAUUCUAGUGCCAAGGCACAUUGAGACUCGCAGGAGUGAAAAGUUUGUGUGUACAUUUGUCACAUUAGGGAAAGUGAAAGUAGGAGAAGUAAAAUAUGUAGUUCAUUUUGUUCACACUUGCAGGCAAGUGAAUUUUAUCAUUUAUCCUUGGGUAUGGAGAGCAGUGUCCUGAUUUCCUUGGGCAUGGGUCUGUGACCUUGUAAAACUUACUAUUCUUAUAUUCAAUCUCAAAGUAUCCUGAAUUCACCAUCUCACUUUCAAAUGAUCCUUGGUGAUUUAAAAUGAUGCCCUUGAGUAUUAUAUUGAGAAACAGGAAGAUAGAUAGUUAUUCACUAUUACUUAAAGAAUUCAUGUUGUAGGUGUUUAUAAGCAGAUAACAUGCAUUAAGAUCCUUUUGUGUCAUGUGGUGGUGAGUGUUCCCAUCCAGUAGUCAUGAUUUUUUUUUUCCUUUUUCCCUAAAGAAAUGCAGAGAUAUGUCAGCAGGACACAAGUCCUUGAUAUUAUUCAUGUGAUUGUGUAGCUCAGCCUAGGCAUCAUAUUCAGAAACUGUAUGUUGCUUCUACUGUUCUAUCGUGGUGAACAGCUUUAGGGCUUUUUCUGUGUUCACUACCCUUCACGUCUGGAACCUUCCUCCAUGCAUUGUACCUGUUGCACUGACCUUCCUAGAAUUUACCACUUCUCUGAAGUUUUCUUGGGUAAGAGCAGACUACUUAGAUUAACUGUAAAUAUACACCAGCUUUAGGGAUGCUUAUGAAAGUCAUUGUGCUCUUUUUGUUUCUCAAAAUAACAUAUAGUGUCAUUGUGAUUGACAGACUCCCUUCAGUUUAAUUUAGGCAUGUGGCUGAGUUUAUGGUUUUCCUGGAUUUAUGGUAUCGCUUUUAAUGGCACUUCUCUUGUAGUUUAAUGAAGUGAUGAAUAUAACCCUCCAGCCUUGAUACAAAAUGGUGUGUAUGUGCUUAAUAACUGAAAAAUGAAAAACUUAGGGGGGUUGGGAGGGGUGUGGAAGUCAAGAUUUGUGUGCUUACAUGUGAAGAGACUGUGAAUAGGCAAUUUAGUUUUUCUUUUGGUGCUUUCUUUAAAUGAACAGGACUUGAGUAACUGUGAAUCUCUCUACUGCAGAAACAUGAUUAAAGAUAACAACGAAAUUAUUCCACUAAUGGGCAAGAAAACAAAUCCAUCUGGUAUUCCCCCUUCAAACCAGCAGGAGAAAAAGCCAACUGAAAGCACUCCCACAAAGAAAAGUUCACACUUUUUUCUGGAGAUUGAUGGUUUUGAAAGCAAUGCGACACCAAAUAAUACAUCUCCCCCUGUGUUUUCAAAACCAAUGGAUUCAAAUAUUCGUCCAUGUGCAUCUGGAAAUGGGGAAGAUAUGGAUUCUCCACAGUCUCUUCAGGAUGAUGCGACUGAAUAUAGCCCUAAUGUAGACAGCUGUUGUGCUAACAUAUCACAAGGACCUGAGCAGACCAGUGCCCGGAAGAAGUUGAAAAAGUACAUAUUUCGGGCUGUAUCUGAGGGCAAUAUCGAAGAAUUGCAGUGUCUGCUCACCGAGCUGAAGGAGCGAUCAAAUGCCUGUAUGAACAUGACUGUGCCAGAUUAUCUGAUGAAAAAAUUCACAGCUUCAGAUACUGGCAAAACUUGUCUGAUGAAAGCUCUGCUGAACAUCAACCAAAACACAAAUGAGAUAGUGAAUAUGCUACUAUCCUUUGCAGAAGAAAAUGGUAUUUUGGAGAGAUUUAUCAAUGCAGCAUACACAGAAGAGGCAUAUAAAGGCCAGACAGCCCUAAAUAUUGCUAUUGAAAGAAGACAAUAUGAAAUAACUCAGAGCCUAAUAGAAAAAGGAGCUGAUGUCAAUGCUCAUGCCCAGGGUAUUUUCUUUAAUCCCAAACAUAAACAUGAAGGCUUUUAUUUUGGUGAAACUGCAUUGGCAUUAGCUGCAUGUACCAAUCAACCAGACAUAAUUCAACUGCUAAUGGACAAUACGAGGACUAAUAUUACUUCUCAGGAUUCCAGAGGAAACAAUAUCCUCCAUGCAUUAGUUACUGUGGCAGAGGACUUUAAAACCCAGAAUGACUUUGUAAUCAGAAUGUAUGAUAUGAUUUUGUUGAAAAGUAAAGCCAGAAAUCUGGAAACUACAAGGAAUAAGGAGGGUUUGACACCACUACAACUAGCUGCAAAAACUGGGAAAUUAGAGAUUCUGAAAUACAUCCUGAGCAGAGAGAUAAGAGAUAAGCCUAACAGGAGCCUGUCAAGAAAAUUCACAGACUGGGCUUAUGGUCCUGUUCAAUCUUCUCUUUAUGAUCUGACAGAACUAGAUACCACUGCAGACAAUUCAGUAUUGGAAAUUAUAGUCUAUAAUACAAAUAUUGGUAACCGUCAUGAAAUGCUGACUUUGGAGCCUCUGAAUUCACUCCUGCGAAUGAAAUGGAAGAAGUUUGCACGGCACAUGUUCUUUAUGUCAUGCUGGUUUUAUUUCCUAUACAACGUAACUUUAACGUUGGUUUCCUACCACAGGCCUAAUGAAAAUGAAGCUCCACCUUAUCCACUAGCUUUAACACGUGGUGUGGGGUGGCUGCAGUUAUCGGGACAGGUGAUGGUUAUGUUAGGAGCAAUAUUUUUAGCCAUAAAAGAGAGUGUAGCCAUCUUUCUGCUUAGGCCUUCAGACCUACAGUCAAUUCUCUCUGAUGCGUGGUUCCACUUUGCGUUUUUUAUACAAGCUUUGCUUGUGAUCUUCUCUGUCUUUUUGUACUUGUUUUCCUACAAAGAACACCUCGUGUGUCUUGUUUUGGCAAUGGCCUUGGGAUGGGCUAAUAUGCUUUAUUUCACCAGAGGUUUCCAGUCCAUGGGUAUUUACAGUGUUAUGAUUCAAAAGGUCAUCCUGCAUGAUGUGAUCAAAUUUUUAGUUGUCUAUAUCGUUUUUUUGCUGGGAUUUGGAGUAGCUCUUGCUGCAUUGAUUGAAACUUGCCAAGAUGGCAAUGAAUGCCAUUCCAACAGCAGUCUGGGACCUGUUCUGAUGGAUCUUUUUAAGCUCACCCUAGGACUGGGUGAUCUGGAGAUCCAGCAAAAUUCAAAGUAUCCUGUACUAUUUCUUCUGCUCCUUAUAACUUAUGUUGUGUUGACUUUUGUUCUUCUUUUGAACAUGCUGAUUGCAUUAAUGGGAGAAACAGUGGAAGAUAUUUCUAAAGAGAGUGAGCACAUCUGGAAACUUCAGAGAGCCAGAACUAUUUUGGAAUUUGAAAAAUUCUUACCAAAACGUUUGAGGAAAAAAUUUCAACUGGGAGAACGGUGUAAAGUGGCUGAAAAUGACACCAGGGUGUGUUUAAGGAUAAAUGAAGUGAAAUGGACCGAGUGGAAAACACAUGUUUCAUUUAUUAAUGAAGAUCCAGGCCCAACAGAUCCAAGCAAAAGUCAAGAUAAUUCAAGAACUAAUAGCAAAACCACCCUGAAUACAUUUGAAGAAAUGGAUGAUUUGCCUGAAACGUCUGUUUAGUUGUGCUGUGUUUGAUAUGUGGUCAUUUGGAAGGUUAAAAGCAUCAGUAGUGGAUGCUGAAAGCUUUGUUGAUAUUUUGGACAGCUGUAACCAGCUGGAACACAGACUUUUAGAGACAUGGUCUGAUGACCCUAAUGCAUUUAAUCAGGGCAGCUAAACUAAACUCAAAUAUAGUAUUUCACUGGUUCAUUUUUGAGCCUCUUGGAAACACUGCUGUCCAAGUUUGCGUGACACUACUCAAACUUGGCUCAAAAUGUUUACUUGGAUAAAAAAGGUCAAAUGUGAGAUAUUUCUUCCUUUUGUGGAAAAUUAAGAUCAUCAUGAUCCCGAUCUGCUAUAUUUUGGAAUCUCUAGCUCAUGAGAAACAUCUUGUACACUAAAAGAAAAAAAUCUAAGUUCUUGUUGUGGAGCAAAGAAAGGCAUUUCAAUUCUGAACUCUACUAAAUGAAGUAUGUUAUUCUGGAAUAAUGAUGUUCUGGAGACAUUUGAAGCUUUUGUAUUGACUGUCAGUGUUAUUGGAGGCUUGAUUCCACAAGCUGGAGAAAGGCCUCUUCAGGUCUCAUUAGCUUUGCCUGGUCUGUUUUCCUGUGUAUAAUUCCUAGGGUAUAACAUGGUGUUCACUGCUUUUUAUGACCAUGUACAUAUGCCUUCCCAUAAAAUAGUGGGGCAGAAAUGGAAUUCAUGAUGGUGAACAUUUCUGAGUUUGUUCAGUCACAAGCUCUUUACUUUUCCUAUUUGGCUUUUCCAUGGUGUUGCAUCUUAAUGCAUAAAAUAAGUUAUCAUAUUGGAAGUUCUUCUUGCUUAAAAGCAAAUUAAUUUCUUAUUUUCCUGAAGUGGCUCAAUACAGAAGUCAGUAUUUCUUCCCAAAAUGAGCAAAAUAAGUUAAAUGCAAUUGCAGACUUCUGAAGUUUUGGGGUUUGGUUAUUUUUUUAUCCAGAGGACUCUAAUGCAUUUCUGUAAGAGUUUUUAUUUCAUUACCUGUCAUGACCUAGUUUAGUUUUUACUUUUCUAAUUUAUGUAUGUAUAUAUAAAGAAUUUGUUCAAUGUACUUUUAAAUUUCAAUUAAUACAUUGUGUCUUCAGUGUCAUGGGCUUUCAUAAUAUCUACUCUUUUGGUGCCUGUUUUAAAGGUGCUGUUUAGGUAAGACUCAGGUGAAUUCUGUUGACAUUUGGAUGAUAAUAAGAAUUGCAUUGGAUUCUUACAGCUAAGCCUGUGCGCAAAAUGACCCAAAAGACUUUCUUAACACAGAAGAGAGCAUGAGGGAACUCUCCAGUGGAAAGGAUAGUGCAAAGCUCUUUGCAGGGAUGGUGAACGUGGUUCUUGCUACAGAACUGGUCAUCUAAAGAUGCCACAUCCUGUGUUUCCUACCACGUAUGGCCUGGAUGGAUGAGACCAGAUUGAAAUCUUCAAUUCAAUUACAUUUUUACAGGGCAUAGGAAUUUGAGAGGAAGGAUAUCAAUAGACCAAUAUAAUAUCUGAGCAUUGUCUGGCCUUCUCAGUAGGGUAUGUGAAUAUGAGAAGAAAAAUUCCUGCGGUCUUGGAAUCUUUCAUUUUUGCUGGUUAAUGUUGCAUUGGAACUGCCAACAAAGAGUAUCAAUUCCCUUAUGACUGUGCAGCUCCAUUUGAAUUCUUUUGAGUGCCAGUUUUUGUACCAAAAAAAAUACCUCUUCACAUAUACUCAGGAACCAGAAUAAAUUAGCCUGUGCUGUGCUCCCCGUUGCUAUGGUUGGAAUUGUCACUGGAAUCAAGUUGAUGUAUCUCUGCACUGUGCUGAAUUCACACCAAAGGUGUAGCCAUAAAACAGGGAAGACACAAAAGAAGUCACUGUGCUGUGCCAAUGACCAGGUACAAAAAGUUAUUACAAAACUGAGGAAGAAGGGGGGGGUAUUUCUAAAAGUCCUCUGCUGAGGAAAACCCCUUUUUCUGGCCACAGAGCCCUGCCAUGUCAUACACACAGUCUAUCUCCAGGCUGUUAUCAAAAACCCUGUGAAUAAUGACUAAAGCAGAUAAUUCUGUACUUUUUAUACAAUGUUUAUUUAAAUUAAACUUGUAAUUCAAAAA